UAUAUAUAUAUAUCAAACGACACCUCUGCCAAGUAGCUCAGUAAAAAAUUUGUCAAAGCCGUGGCAAAUCGAAAACAAAAACGUAGAAACGUGGUGCGAAGUAAAAAAAUAAAACUCCAAUUGCAGACAAAAACACACACCGUACGCGAAAGUUUGCAUUUCAAGACUCAAUUUCCCUGCUGAGUUUGCUGCAUAAGCUCGAGAUUGGGAAAAUGGUCAAGAAUCUGGACAAUGGACUUAUGCUCUACCAACUGAUGCUGAGCUUUCCGCUAAGAAUGGUACUUUAUGCGGAUGCACCACUGUUGGAGCAGGGAUUGGGUACCGAUCUGGUAUUCAAUGGCCAGACCUCCAGACAGAACGGUCUCGGCUUUGCCACGGAGCAUGUGUACUGCGGCAAUGUGAAGCCGGACAUCUAUUAUGGCCAGUCCAGCGAGGUGUAUCUGAAGUUCCGGUCAAAGUGGUUGGAGCAGCGUGGCGGAUUCCAGUUGCAGGUCGCCCUGAACUCCAACCGAGAGCGCCACUACGAUGGACUGCAGGGCAGAGUGCAUUUAUCACAGUCGGCCGAUUGCAACAUCAUUAUCCGGGCACCACCUAAUUACACCUUAAGUUUGUACUACACCGAGUUGAUAUUCGGCACCUACGACUGCGAAAUGGAGAAUUUGGAGGUGUUCGACAGGACGAAUCGAUCGCUGCAGCGCGUCUGCUCCUUUGUGGACAUGGGCAAGAGUCUGUUCAGCAAUGCAAAUGAACUGCAUCUAGUUGGCGUGGGGUUUGCCGUACACGUAUACAGCUAGCAAUUCGGUUUUUCGAACCCCAUUCGUUACUUGGGACAGCUGUAAGACACAUCAAUUUGAUAAAAUAAUCUAAAAUAAUCUAUCGAAAAAAAAAAAUGCCCUCAAUAAACCCAUUUUUUCAAUAUGUAGCUACAUUCCGUAAGGAACAUCAAGAGCUUAAAAAACAAAGUGUUAUCGCACAAAGAGCUUCAUGGAAUGUCUUAACUACACAAGAGAAAA